AUGCCGUUACACUAUAUCAUCAGCCAAAAGAACCGUAAACAACUUAUGGUGAAAGGAUACAUCUAUAAUUUUGAACGUGCUAGUGCUGAGAAAAGUAUUUGGAAAUGUGUAGAGUAUUUUACUUGUAAGUGCAAAGGGCGAAUUCACACUCAAGAUGAUAAUAUCAUUCUUGAAAAAUCUCACGGGCAUCCUCCAAAUGCUGGCAAAAUUACAGCGAAAGAGAUUAUGAGUUCAAUUAAAGAGCGUGCGGUAACAACGCAAGAAUCGACACAUUCUUUAGCAGCAGUUGGUACAAUUGGUCUUCCUUGUGCUGUUUCGGGGCAUAUACCACCAGUGGAAAAUAUUAAAAAAAUUAUCAGAUAUGCUCGACACACGGAGAAAUGCCAUUGCAUAAUCCUAGAUGUCUUGAAGAAUUAG